GAGUACUCCCACUUGUCCGACCAUAACAAUAUUGACUGGAUUGUCUCCAAGUAUAUCCCGGCGUCUUAGUUCGUAAGAUGAUCUGCGUCACGUUGUUUCGUCUUUUUUUCUUAUUUUAUUUACGUUUCUGUUCUGGUGGGUUGACAACAGGUCCAACGAGUUAGUGGAUUAUCUAAAGACGAAGUUUGAUACUGUGGAUCAAAGCCUAUCCGAUUUCGAAUGCAGUGUUAAGAACUCAGACAAGGAUUCCAUGGACUUGAAAUCCACUAAGAACGCUUUGGAUCAGCACAAGGUAUAAACAAAGCAUCUUUUCUUCCAAUAGAAGUUAAGAUACCUCCACCCCUCCCCCUCCCUUAAUGUUAGGCGAAUUUUGUUUACCUAUUUGACAAAUGACCUUUUUUGCAGAUAUGAUUGCAAGCUAUUCGAAAUUGAAUGUCAUCUAUUUCUCCUUUUAAAAUAACCUAUCAUGGUUCAAUUUCGCAGUUACUAUGCGACAUAUUUUGCAACUCAUUUGUCCAAAUAAAGCGUGGCACCUGGAUUUUGCGCGAAAAAGCACUGUAAUCAUGUGUUUUUCAGCGAUAUUUCUAGAAAGGUCGCUGCUCGUCGUUAGUAAUAAAUCCAUUUGAUAGUUUACAGACUAAUGUGUUCUGUGCCAAUUCGCUAUAAAUGUCACUAAGGCAGCAUUUACACUUGGUACCCAGGCACAUUGCACUAAUGUGAACACAGCCUUUUUUGAAGUACCUACGCUAGAAUUCGGGCACGGUGCCGGUGCCUAAGUUAAGAUUAAGCCUCGUACUCAGGCGAAAAAGUGAGCACCUUUAACUAGUAAGCACACUGUUUUUCUACUUUUGAGGCAGUCCACUGCUUUGUUCUCGCUGCUAAGCUUCAAUUCAAAAAUGGCGUCUGACUGGAAUUAACUAUGUACAUAGUUACAUAUCGGGUACUCAUGGUAUGAACACAACACCAUUUUGUACCUGUACCCAGACACUGGUUCCCGGGCACAAAAGAGUGGACAGCCCCAUAGAAGCUGGUUGAUCUCCUUUUUAUCUGAUUCAUGUCUCAGGAGGUACUCAGCCAUUUUACGUCAGUAGAAUCUGACACAUAUGAUGUUCUGGAGGAAGGAAGGCAAUUAAUAAAAGACACACGCUUUGACAGAGCAUAUGGAGAAUACUUCUAUGAAAGAAUUGAAGUAACAGUCAUAAGGAUAACAACUAUAAAGGAAAAUAUUAACAGAGAGCAUCAAAGGUAUGCCCCGUGUUUACUGCUUCUUAAGAGCCAAAUUUGUAUCACACGUGUUGUAACCAUCUGUGAAAAUACCAUCGUCGUUCCUUAGAAAUAAGUUUAAUAGUUUUUUUGUUGUAAAAUAUGACUUUUCUUCCUGCAGAUGGCACUUAACUAGGAUAUUAAACAAAUAACACAAUUUUUGUUCCCCUGAUUUUCAGGUUGUUCGAUCUAUAUCUUAUUUUACGAAGACAACAUUUGGAACGGAUGAAUGGUUGGCUAUUGCGAGCUGAGUCUCGAAUAUCAUUGGAUGAUGUGAUAGAACCAACCUAUAAGAGAGUGCAACAGCAAGUCUGGGAGCAUCAGGUACAUGCAUGUGUAUUUACUACAUAGGCGGUAAGGGAGAAGAUGCAUGAUCGCGGGCCAUCACGUUAUGCUCAAUUAAGACGAAGUACGUGAUAAACAUUCAUUAAGUGACCCAAUUCUUAGACACUUCAAAGUGGCUUGCUCACAACUCACUUGUUUGAAAAUAUAGAAUAUAAUGGUCUUCGCAUUAUGCACUUAGUGCAUAACAGUGAAACGUUUACUUUCACCAGGAUUAAUUGAACUAUUAACAAUAGCAUAUGCCAUUGUCAUCUGAGACUCCUGCUAUUAAAUAUCUGAAAUAUCUCUAAUUAAAAUCUCUCUGAUAUUAAUAUAAAUGUCUGUAAUAUAAACUCACCAGUACAUUUCUAUAAACCUGUAGAGUGUAGUAAAUUUGUUUAUGGAGCUCCAGUUGUACGGUCAGUUUUCUUAGAAAAAGACGCCGUUGAAACCUAGCGAAAUGUUCGUAUUUUGGAGGUGUCUCUCCCAAAAAAAGACAAUGAAAUGAUUGAAUAUCAACAGGGGGGCAAUUUUACAAUGUGGCCGUACGUGUCCAUACCAGGAAGCUCUCAGUCUUUUAAAGUUGUCCGUUAACAGGGAAUUGACUGUGUCUUGCAGUUAUAUUAUUAUAAGUUGGAUAUAAAAAGGCUGCACGAAUUUCAUGUUUAUCCACUGCUGUUCUGUAGGCUUUUCAAGACGAACUGUCAAAUUACUCAAUGGCAAACAUGGUACUGGAUAUGGACGACUUGGACCAGCCAGCUUUGGAUGAAAACAUAAGAGACUGUGUCAAGGUAUUUUCAACAUAAAAAAGCUGUAUUGUUGAAGCACACCUUCUCCCCUCCCCCCUCCCCUGGGGGGCACUCCCUAUAGUGCCUAUACGAGAAGGAUCCACCCGAAAGGAGUACCUUUUUCUGGCUUCAGGUAUAUUAGAGGAUUCAUUAGUAUAAGGGAAGGGAAUUUUGUAAAUUUGGUCUAUGAAAAGGAAUAACAUAUGCAUUUUACGGCUGUAAAUAACUCGAGUCUAGUCAUAUCUUAAAGAGAGUACAUUUACAGCGGUUAAAAGGGGAUGCAAAGUUCUUAAAACAAGGUAUGUGAAAGGAGUAUUAUUUGUCAAUAGAAGGUAUACAUACGUAAGGGAUACCCUUUCAGCCAAAAAUGAAGCAUCAAAGAGUAAGGCGUUGGACCUCGGGGCGGAGCCCCCUCUUAUAAAACUGUGCUGAGUACCCGCCAGGUUUGAAACACUAUUUCACUGGCAGGUUUAUAACUAGGAGGAAACUUUCCAUUCUAUUGCGGCCAUACAGGUAUUAAACGAGCGUUGGGCGGUUGUGUGGAACUGGGCGGAAGAGUGGAAGGAGAAGCUUAACCAGGCUCUAAUUGACUGGCAAAAUUUACGUGAAGAAGAAGCUCCCUUGCUUUCCUGGCUUUCAAGUAAAGAACAAACCUUUGAUUUGAUUGGAGAAACAGAUAUCACCAACGAAGAACAAGUUACGAUGAAUUUAAAUCUGCUCGAGGUAAGAACAUUUCAUUUCAGUUAUCAGUUAUUUCUAUCUAUUCUCGACCAUUCACAUAAAAAACCCAAAGAAACGGUGGUAAUUUCAUGCCAUUGAUGCUUUUUUUAAUUCCUAAGGUCAUUUUUCUUUUCGUGCCCCCUUCUUGAGGCCGAGUGAAAUUCUCUUUGUUUAAAGAACCAAGAACUGAUUAAAGAAAUGUUUAUGAAUUUAAAAAAAAAAUUGGAUGAUUUUACAACUGGGGUGACCAUCAAAAACUUUUAAUGUAAACAGGUUAUUUGUGGAAUAAAAACGAAGUUGAAUGCCUUUGUUCACGCCAUUAUGAAUAACAAGAAAAUAAUGUCAGAAUCUAUAAAAAGUGGUUCCACUCUUAAAAAGAUGUUGCCAGUUUUCAAGAACGAUUAUCAACAAUCCUUAAAUAUAAUUCAUUUUCGUCAGUUAGAAGACGUUUAAUACAAGAGGUUAUUACAAUAUAGGUAUAAAUAAUUGUUAAAAAUUUUAAGUGCGACGGAACAAUGUCUCCUGAUUUAGGGUUCACUUAACUAACAUAAGAAAUCGGCGCGUCUAAUGCGUCCCUCUUCACUUUGUCUCUCAGACAAUGGAAAAAGAAAUGGAAAGCCGUCAAGAGGAACGAUUAGACUCAUUGCGUGAGACUGGAGAAAAGCUAAUCAAAGAUGCUGAGUACCAUGAUGCGACAGCUAAGGGGAUCCGUGACCAGGUGAAUGACUUCGGCACUUGCUGGAAGGACAUUACUGAAUCGAUUAAGGAGAGGAAAGCAAUGGUAAGUGAUGGAAUUGGCCAUUAUGAAGUAACCGCGGAAUUAUCCUUUUUGUAAUGCACAUCAUCAUCAUCAUCAUCAUCAUCAUGAAGUCGAUCUGAAUCUGCCUUUUACGAACAUCCUUCACGUUUUCUUAUCCAACCGACAGUCGAUAAAUGUUCUUACUACCGUGUGGCACGAAACUUUUUGCGGAAGUUUACUUUUGAGGAUUGGCGAUUGACGUGAUUAUUUGUAUUUUGUAGGAACUAUUUUUUGCGUUUAGGACAGAUUGGUUUUUCUUACUGGGGACUGAUUUUUUUGCAAAAAAAAGAAAGUCCCGGACAAAUCAUUGAUAAUAUUUUCGUCCGUUUUUAUUGAGUACGUGCAAUGGAAAUACACACUUUAAAAAACACUACCUUUUGCGUACCCUGUGUUAAAAGAAUAAAAUAGGUUACUUUUCUUUGUCAUUCGAUUACAAAAACGAACAGACACGACUUCUUUAUUUGUACUUUAUUUUUGUGUAGCAAAUUCAAGGUCGAGAAUAUUUACUCUGGAGUAAAUUUUUGCGGGACAAAUGUUAGCGGUAUUUAUUAUUAUUAUUAUUUUUUAUUAUUGUUGUUUUUAUUAUAUUGUUAUUAUUUUUGUUUUGCCGGAACUUAUUUUGCGGAUCGCUGGAAAAAUCGCAAACAUUAGAAGCCGUAAAAAUGUUGUGCCACUCGGUAGUCUGGUUAUGCUCCUGCUAUUUAACAGUUAAACGGAACAUAAUUUAAAUGUUCGGGUUGUAGCCAUGUAGCAAUAGCCGGCCAACCUGCAGUGCUCAAACGACCGUAAAAUAACGUUCUGAUGCCCAGUUUCAAAAUGUUUUCUUUUACGCAUUUAAGAUUGCGUCCAGACCAAUACUGUCUUGAGGUUAAGCGAGGCAUUAUGGAGUGGUUUUGCUUCCUCUAUAGCGAUAUAUUGCUAAACAUGUAUAUUGAUCAAUGUUCAAUAAAUAUUGUCUUGCCUUACCUUCGGUAUCUUGUCGCACUUUUCACUUAAAAGAGUUAUUUUGAGCGAUUUGGAAGGAUUUUGAGUUAGCUGUUUACUCUUCUUCUGAGGCAAAAGGACGACAAUAUACCGCAGGUAAGGUAAUAUAACGUUUAUUUAACAUUGACCUAUAUACAUAUUUAGUGGUAUACCGCUAUAGAUGAAGCAAACGGAAAGUCCUUUACAUUUACUAUAAAAUUACAAUCGGUUACACAAACAGGUUGUGUGGGAGCCCUGUGUUGAAACAUGGACUGUUUUUGUAUUCUAGCUUCAGGAAGCCCAAAACAAGGUGAAAAGAAUGGGAAUUUUAAUGAAGGAAGUCAGAGCUUGGUUGUACGAGGCAGAACAAUUCAUCAAGCUCGCUAGUUUGCAAGAGGAUCCACAAAAAGAAACCGAGAUACAAGAAAAGAUUGAGGUCAGAGUAAAGUGCUAUAAAAUAUGCUGACAUUAUUUUCAGUUACAGAUUACAACUGCAUCCAGUUUUUUGCGUUAAGGUAGAAUAACGCAACCAAAAAACUAAUUAAUAAUUCGUAAAGAAAAAAAUCGAAAGAAAUUCAUGUUUAAUGAGUGUCUUUAUAUCUGAUAAAGACACGGCUAAACUUUACUUCCAAUUUUUAGACCAAAAUAACCCCAAAUCUAAAUAUUAGUGUAAGAAUGAGUUGAUCCUUAUUCGAGAGAUUUUGAGGCCGGUUAUUAUCAGGUUUUAAAACACUCGGCUUCGCCUCGAAUUUUUAAACUUGAUUAUACCCCCCUGUUCGUUUUUGAAACAGUAAUUGAAAACAGCAAUACCCUUACCAGGGGUACAAAUCUUUGCUUUUAGUGGAUUUGUACGUGGCUAAUCUAGCUAGAACAGGGACUCCAAUUGAAUAACCACAAGAAACAAAACAAAUGAAAUAUACCAUAUUAUCUGAAGUUAACGCUUCAUGAAAUUAACGCGAAUUUCAUUUAAGUUGUGUUAAUCUCUUAAAACGUUAAUUCCCGCACCUUUAAUUUUACCUUUGUUUUUUUUUUACCCUCCCUUUCGCAUUAAAUUCUUUAUAUGAAAGUCGUUUUCCACUAGAUUCGCCUUCAUUCAAGUCGCGUUAAUUUCCAAGACCUUAGUUUCAUGGAGCGUUAAUGUCCUAUAAUUAGGUAUAAGGUCUACCUAGACUGCUCCGCAGACGAAACUGAACUUCUGGUUAAGUAUGUCUGCGAAAUAGCGACAAAAUCGUCGUUCUGGGCCCCCACCCAAAUACCAUCAUUUGAGUACCUCCCAUGACUGGCCCUUUAAAAAUCUCGUUGUCGAUUUGUCGGUGAAGGAAAUUUGAAACGUAUUUGCGGUAAUUCUCUGAGUCCGAAUAGGCUCUGCUUCGCAGACGUUGCUAACCGCAGUUGGAUUACGUUUGGGACGAAGGCUAGGUACACCGUAUGCAAACAUUCUUUGAUCUAUUAUUUAAAAUAGCUUUUUUAGUUGCUCAUUUCCCUUACUAAUACCGCAAAUACUUUUUUUUAUUAUCAUCUCUGCAGAUUGAAUGCGAAGAAAGAGAAAAAAAUAAGCCUAAGGUUGACGAAGUCAAAAGGCUGGAAGACUUGCUCAGUAGUGAAAUCGACAAAAAGUCAAAUUAUUACUUGAAAAGAGUCACCAAGCCGUUCUACGAGCGUUGGAAUGACGCUAGUAUGGCCCUUAACAGAUAUCGCAAUGAAGAUUACCCGUUUGUCAAACCCAACGACUGCUCCCUACUUUUUAGAUACAUGACUCAAAUUGGGAUCAAUUUGGAAGGGAAACGAGACAAUAGUGGGUAAGACAAGGUUUGCUUCUCUUUUCGCACCAUCACAAGCAAACUAAACUACUAAUCGAAACUUCAGAGUUCAUAACCAGCAAAGUUUGAGUACUAGUAUUUUGUAUGAUCACUUUAUUUUAAUUAGCUGGUAACUAGUAGCACAGUGUAUAUGUGGUUUAUCCAUUUGUUUAAGUCUGACCGCAUCAUGUUUCAAACAUGUAUUCAAAAAUAUGGUUCAGAUAUUCGUAAAUUAGUUUAAAGGAAGGCGUUCCCAGAAAGCCAAAUGGUACUUCGAGUUUACUAGUCUACAAAAGCGAAAAUUAUCGUAAUUUUUGCUUUAUUAUCUCAGGUUUCCGAUCACUUAAGCUAUCAAAAAAGGGUCCAAGAAAAUGUAGUUACUUUGAAACAUUUUUCUUUCUUCCGGGCCGCCUGUGUCACUGACUAAAAAAUCAUCUUUCUCCCUUUAAAACAUGUUUGACAAAAGAACUUUAGGCUACUGAACGUAGAAAGUAGCGCAGUUGUUAUACAUUAAUACUCUCCGAUACAUAUGCCAGAGUACCUUAUUUAAUCUAAUCACUGAAUAUGAACUGACACAUGCACUGAAAUACUAACACACACCGGUGAAGACCAGGAAAUUGUUGUGUGCGGGACAUGUCUUUACAGCAUUCUUCCUCUUUAGCACUGAGUCGAACACACCGAAAAUUUAAGGGUGGGUUCCAUUCCAUGGUCAUUGGGACGAUCAGGAUCAGGAUCGACCAUCCUAGAUCACUCAGAUCAUGGUACAUCAAAUGAGUCAAUCAGUCUUUUCCCAGGGUGGAUUCAUCGGUUCCUUUGAUGUGAUGCCUAUCCAGAUCUUUCCAAUGGAACACACACAGAUUCGUUUUACUUUGUCGCCACUUGAUAGAACAUGAAUUCAAACUCGUUGAAUUUCAUGUAAACUGUUUUUGGAGAAGAAUUUUCUCCUUGUAUUGUCUAUCGAGUACUCCCACUUGUCCGACCACAACAAUAUUGACUGGAUUGUCUCCAAGUAUAUCCCGGCGUCUUAGUUCGUAAGAUGAUCUGCGUCACGUUGUUUCGUCUUUUUUUCUUAUUUUAUUUACGUUUCUGUUCUGGUGGGUUGACAACAGGUCCAACGAGUUAGUGGAUUAUCUAAAGACGAAGUUUGAUACUGUGGAUCAAAGCCUAUCCGAUUUCGAAUGCAGUGUUAAGAACUCAGACAAGGAUUCCAUGGACUUGAAAUCCACUAAGAACGCUUUGGAUCAGCACAAGGUAUAAACAAAGCAUCUUUUCUUCCAAUAGAAGUUAAGAUACCUCCACCCCUCCCCCUCCCUUAAUGUUAGGCGAAUUUUGUUUACCUAUUUGACAAAUGACCUUUUUUGCAGAUAUGAUUGCAAGCUAUUCGAAAUUGAAUGUCAUCUAUUUCUCCUUUUAAAAUAACCUAUCAUGGUUCAAUUUCGCAGUUACUAUGCGACAUAUUUUGCAACUCAUUUGUCCAAAUAAAGCGUGGCACCUGGAUUUUGCGCGAAAAAGCACUGUAAUCAUGUGUUUUUCAGCGAUAUUUCUAGAAAGGUCGCUGCUCGUCGUUAGUAAUAAAUCCAUUUGAUAGUUUACAGACUAAUGUGUUCUGUGCCAAUUCGCUAUAAAUGUCACUAAGGCAGCAUUUACACUUGGUACCCAGGCACAUUGCACUAAUGUGAACACAGCCUUUUUUGAAGUACCUACGCUAGAAUUCGGGCACGGUGCCGGUGCCUAAGUUAAGAUUAAGCCUCGUACUCAGGCGAAAAAGUGAGCACCUUUAACUAGUAAGCACACUGUUUUUCUACUUUUGAGGCAGUCCACUGCUUUGUUCUCGCUGCUAAGCUUCAAUUCAAAAAUGGCGUCUGACUGGAAUUAACUAUGUACAUAGUUACAUAUCGGGUACUCAUGGUAUGAACACAACACCAUUUUGUACCUGUACCCAGACACUGGUUCCCGGGCACAAAAGAGUGGACAGCCCCAUAGAAGCUGGUUGAUCUCCUUUUUAUCUGAUUCAUGUCUCAGGAGGUACUCAGCCAUUUUACGUCAGUAGAAUCUGACACAUAUGAUGUUCUGGAGGAAGGAAGGCAAUUAAUAAAAGACACACGCUUUGACAGAGCAUAUGGAGAAUACUUCUAUGAAAGAAUUGAAGUAACAGUCAUAAGGAUAACAACUAUAAAGGAAAAUAUUAACAGAGAGCAUCAAAGGUAUGCCCCGUGUUUACUGCUUCUUAAGAGCCAAAUUUGUAUCACACGUGUUGUAACCAUCUGUGAAAAUACCAUCGUCGUUCCUUAGAAAUAAGUUUAAUAGUUUUUUUGUUGUAAAAUAUGACUUUUCUUCCUGCAGAUGGCACUUAACUAGGAUAUUAAACAAAUAACACAAUUUUUGUUCCCCUGAUUUUCAGGUUGUUCGAUCUAUAUCUUAUUUUACGAAGACAACAUUUGGAACGGAUGAAUGGUUGGCUAUUGCGAGCUGAGUCUCGAAUAUCAUUGGAUGAUGUGAUAGAACCAACCUAUAAGAGAGUGCAACAGCAAGUCUGGGAGCAUCAGGUACAUGCAUGUGUAUUUACUACAUAGGCGGUAAGGGAGAAGAUGCAUGAUCGCGGGCCAUCACGUUAUGCUCAAUUAAGACGAAGUACGUGAUAAACAUUCAUUAAGUGACCCAAUUCUUAGACACUUCAAAGUGGCUUGCUCACAACUCACUUGUUUGAAAAUAUAGAAUAUAAUGGUCUUCGCAUUAUGCACUUAGUGCAUAACAGUGAAACGUUUACUUUCACCAGGAUUAAUUGAACUAUUAACAAUAGCAUAUGCCAUUGUCAUCUGAGACUCCUGCUAUUAAAUAUCUGAAAUAUCUCUAAUUAAAAUCUCUCUGAUAUUAAUAUAAAUGUCUGUAAUAUAAACUCACCAGUACAUUUCUAUAAACCUGUAGAGUGUAGUAAAUUUGUUUAUGGAGCUCCAGUUGUACGGUCAGUUUUCUUAGAAAAAGACGCCGUUGAAACCUAGCGAAAUGUUCGUAUUUUGGAGGUGUCUCUCCCAAAAAAAGACAAUGAAAUGAUUGAAUAUCAACAGGGGGGCAAUUUUACAAUGUGGCCGUACGUGUCCAUACCAGGAAGCUCUCAGUCUUUUAAAGUUGUCCGUUAACAGGGAAUUGACUGUGUCUUGCAGUUAUAUUAUUAUAAGUUGGAUAUAAAAAGGCUGCACGAAUUUCAUGUUUAUCCACUGCUGUUCUGUAGGCUUUUCAAGACGAACUGUCAAAUUACUCAAUGGCAAACAUGGUACUGGAUAUGGACGACUUGGACCAGCCAGCUUUGGAUGAAAACAUAAGAGACUGUGUCAAGGUAUUUUCAACAUAAAAAAGCUGUAUUGUUGAAGCACACCUUCUCCCCUCCCCCCUCCCCUGGGGGGCACUCCCUAUAGUGCCUAUACGAGAAGGAUCCACCCGAAAGGAGUACCUUUUUCUGGCUUCAGGUAUAUUAGAGGAUUCAUUAGUAUAAGGGAAGGGAAUUUUGUAAAUUUGGUCUAUGAAAAGGAAUAACAUAUGCAUUUUACGGCUGUAAAUAACUCGAGUCUAGUCAUAUCUUAAAGAGAGUACAUUUACAGCGGUUAAAAGGGGAUGCAAAGUUCUUAAAACAAGGUAUGUGAAAGGAGUAUUAUUUGUCAAUAGAAGGUAUACAUACGUAAGGGAUACCCUUUCAGCCAAAAAUGAAGCAUCAAAGAGUAAGGCGUUGGACCUCGGGGCGGAGCCCCCUCUUAUAAAACUGUGCUGAGUACCCGCCAGGUUUGAAACACUAUUUCACUGGCAGGUUUAUAACUAGGAGGAAACUUUCCAUUCUAUUGCGGCCAUACAGGUAUUAAACGAGCGUUGGGCGGUUGUGUGGAACUGGGCGGAAGAGUGGAAGGAGAAGCUUAACCAGGCUCUAAUUGACUGGCAAAAUUUACGUGAAGAAGAAGCUCCCUUGCUUUCCUGGCUUUCAAGUAAAGAACAAACCUUUGAUUUGAUUGGAGAAACAGAUAUCACCAACGAAGAACAAGUUACGAUGAAUUUAAAUCUGCUCGAGGUAAGAACAUUUCAUUUCAGUUAUCAGUUAUUUCUAUCUAUUCUCGACCAUUCACAUAAAAAACCCAAAGAAACGGUGGUAAUUUCAUGCCAUUGAUGCUUUUUUUAAUUCCUAAGGUCAUUUUUCUUUUCGUGCCCCCUUCUUGAGGCCGAGUGAAAUUCUCUUUGUUUAAAGAACCAAGAACUGAUUAAAGAAAUGUUUAUGAAUUUAAAAAAAAAAUUGGAUGAUUUUACAACUGGGGUGACCAUCAAAAACUUUUAAUGUAAACAGGUUAUUUGUGGAAUAAAAACGAAGUUGAAUGCCUUUGUUCACGCCAUUAUGAAUAACAAGAAAAUAAUGUCAGAAUCUAUAAAAAGUGGUUCCACUCUUAAAAAGAUGUUGCCAGUUUUCAAGAACGAUUAUCAACAAUCCUUAAAUAUAAUUCAUUUUCGUCAGUUAGAAGACGUUUAAUACAAGAGGUUAUUACAAUAUAGGUAUAAAUAAUUGUUAAAAAUUUUAAGUGCGACGGAACAAUGUCUCCUGAUUUAGGGUUCACUUAACUAACAUAAGAAAUCGGCGCGUCUAAUGCGUCCCUCUUCACUUUGUCUCUCAGACAAUGGAAAAAGAAAUGGAAAGCCGUCAAGAGGAACGAUUAGACUCAUUGCGUGAGACUGGAGAAAAGCUAAUCAAAGAUGCUGAGUACCAUGAUGCGACAGCUAAGGGGAUCCGUGACCAGGUGAAUGACUUCGGCACUUGCUGGAAGGACAUUACUGAAUCGAUUAAGGAGAGGAAAGCAAUGGUAAGUGAUGGAAUUGGCCAUUAUGAAGUAACCGCGGAAUUAUCCUUUUUGUAAUGCACAUCAUCAUCAUCAUCAUCAUCAUCAUGAAGUCGAUCUGAAUCUGCCUUUUACGAACAUCCUUCACGUUUUCUUAUCCAACCGACAGUCGAUAAAUGUUCUUACUACCGUGUGGCACGAAACUUUUUGCGGAAGUUUACUUUUGAGGAUUGGCGAUUGACGUGAUUAUUUGUAUUUUGUAGGAACUAUUUUUUGCGUUUAGGACAGAUUGGUUUUUCUUACUGGGGACUGAUUUUUUUGCAAAAAAAAGAAAGUCCCGGACAAAUCAUUGAUAAUAUUUUCGUCCGUUUUUAUUGAGUACGUGCAAUGGAAAUACACACUUUAAAAAACACUACCUUUUGCGUACCCUGUGUUAAAAGAAUAAAAUAGGUUACUUUUCUUUGUCAUUCGAUUACAAAAACGAACAGACACGACUUCUUUAUUUGUACUUUAUUUUUGUGUAGCAAAUUCAAGGUCGAGAAUAUUUACUCUGGAGUAAAUUUUUGCGGGACAAAUGUUAGCGGUAUUUAUUAUUAUUAUUAUUUUUUAUUAUUGUUGUUUUUAUUAUAUUGUUAUUAUUUUUGUUUUGCCGGAACUUAUUUUGCGGAUCGCUGGAAAAAUCGCAAACAUUAGAAGCCGUAAAAAUGUUGUGCCACUCGGUAGUCUGGUUAUGCUCCUGCUAUUUAACAGUUAAACGGAACAUAAUUUAAAUGUUCGGGUUGUAGCCAUGUAGCAAUAGCCGGCCAACCUGCAGUGCUCAAACGACCGUAAAAUAACGUUCUGAUGCCCAGUUUCAAAAUGUUUUCUUUUACGCAUUUAAGAUUGCGUCCAGACCAAUACUGUCUUGAGGUUAAGCGAGGCAUUAUGGAGUGGUUUUGCUUCCUCUAUAGCGAUAUAUUGCUAAACAUGUAUAUUGAUCAAUGUUCAAUAAAUAUUGUCUUGCCUUACCUUCGGUAUCUUGUCGCACUUUUCGCUUAAAAGAGUUAUUUUGAGCAAUUUGGAAGGAUUUUGAGUUAGCUGUUUACUCUUCUUCUGAGGCAAAAGGACGACAAUAUACCGCAGGUAAGGUAAUAUAACGUUUAUUUAACAUUGACCUAUAUACAUAUUUAGUGGUAUACCGCUAUAGAUGAAGCAAACGGAAAGUCCUUUACAUUUACUAUAAAAUUACAAUCGGUUACACAAACAGGUUGUGUGGGAGCCCUGUGUUGAAACAUGGACUGUUUUUGUAUUCUAGCUUCAGGAAGCCCAAAACAAGGUGAAAAGAAUGGGAAUUUUAAUGAAGGAAGUCAGAGCUUGGUUGUACGAGGCAGAACAAUUCAUCAAGCUCGCUAGUUUGCAAGAGGAUCCACAAAAAGAAACCGAGAUACAAGAAAAGAUUGAGGUCAGAGUAAAGUGCUAUAAAAUAUGCUGACAUUAUUUUCAGUUACAGAUUACAACUGCAUCCAGUUUUUUGCGUUAAGGUAGAAUAAGGUAGAAUAAGGUAGUUGCUCAUUUCCCUUAUUAAUACCGCAAAUACUUUUUUUGUUAUUAUUAUCUCUGCAGAUUGAAUGCGAAGAAAGAGAAAAAAAUCAGCCUAAGGUUGACGAAGUCAAAAGACUGGAAGACUUGCUCAGCAGUGAAAUCGACAAAAAGUCAAAUUAUUACUUGAAAAGAGUCACCAAGCCGUUCUACAAGAGGUGGGAUGACGCUAGUAUGGCCCUUAACAGAUAUCGCAAUGAAGAUUACCCGUUUGUCAAUCCCAAAGAUUGCUUCUUGGUCAAAUGUCUCAAGAAAGCCCUAGUAGUAAAUUAA